AUGAGAACAAAUAAUUGGGUUAAGAAAUUCGUCGACGGCAGGUUGUUAUUAAACGCCCUCUGUUUCUCAGAGUUGCUCUUCAACCAACAAAGUCUGAUUAUGAAAACUUGGUCUCUGAAAUAAGCCUUCGAAUUCUUUUAAUUUGGCCUCUUCUCGAUUUUGUUCAUCUUCUUCCUUCUUCUCUCUCAGACCCUGUUUUCCCCCUCUUUCCAUUGGCUCUUCUUCAUUUUUAUGCUCAUCAUUCCAUUCCAAUUCCAAAUCCAUGGCGAUCGACGCCGCCGUUUCUCCUGACAUUUCUGUUGCCGCCGCAAUGAGCCCUAGAAUUUCAUUCUCUCACGAUUUCUCCCUUACCGAACCUAUUCCCGUCGAACAACGCCCUAGUUCCCGAUCCAAAUCCUCCUCCGGUUUCAAUUCCAGCUUCGAUUUCGAUUUCUGCAUUCCCGAAUGUUCCGAUCACGAAUCCUCCUCCGCCGAUGAAAUUUUCUCCCACGGCAAAAUUCUUCCUCUCCAAAUCAAGAAGAAACCGGACGAGCCACUCGAUCACUCUUCUUCUAAUCAUUCUCAUGCUUCAUUGACGCGAACGAAAUCGCUCGAUCUCAAUGCGGAUAAAUGUUUGAAGAAAGAUCCAUCGUUGAAGGAAAUCAAGGCUACGAGUAAUGAUUCUGAAGAGAAACAAAGUUCUAAUUCCAAUUCCAAUUCCAAUUCCAAAUCGUUUUGGCGUUUCAAAAGAAGCAGUAGCUGUGGCUCUGGUUACACUCGGAGCUUAUGUCCUUUGCCGCUUCUCUCGCGAAGCAAUUCGACUGGCUCUGCGUCGAAUAUUAAGCGGACGCCAUUGUCCAAAGACGGUGUACAUCAAAAGCAAAGCUCUCAUAGAAACGCGUCCAAAAAUUCGUUACAGUGUUCGUCUUCAAUUGGAUAUCAGAAACCUCCAUUGAAGAAGGUACAUGGUUCGUACGGUAAUGGAGUUCAAGUAAACCCUAUUCUAAAUGUUCAUUCGGGGAAUCUUUUUGGUUUAGGCUCAAUAUUCUCUUCUGCCAUUGAUAGAAGCAAGAAAAAAUGAUUGGUUUCUUUUAUAUUGUUUUUCAUUUUCCCCUGAAUAGUAAUCUGAUUGUCCGAUUUGCAAAAAGGUUGCGGAAUGGAAUCUGUAAUUUCCUUUUUUACUCUCUUUUGCUCUUUUUGAUAUUGAAUAUGAUUCUUAGAACAUAAGAUAAUAAAAGAGCUGGUUUUUGUGGUUUGAUUCACUGAAUGAUUGAUGUUAAACAGAAGAACUAUGAAGUUAAUUUAAGAAAGUCAAAGGAAAAGGCAAUGUUGAAAUGUUAACAAAAUGGGUUUAGGGAUUGAAUUUUUAGAUAGAGAAAAGAGGAUGAAGAUGAAGAUGAAGAUGAAGAUGAAGAUGAAGAUGGAUAAUGUAUGGUAGGAGGCGAGGGAGUGGUGGUAUAAUUCAAGGCACAUGCAGGCUUUUGGAGGAAAAAAGGACAGGUUAGGCAUUUGCUUUUUUCUUUGUUUGUCCAUUGCUAUUCUUCUUUUUCUGCUUUUGGUAUUUUCUAACACACAAAACAUAAAAUCUCAAUUUGGUUUCCAUCAUAUAUAUCUUUUCUUCUCUCUCUUAUACAGAAACAGUGUACUUUUGUGUGUCUUAAGUGUUUGUAUUUUGGCUUUGAGGGAAUAUCCUUGAGUGUAAAAUCCACUAUUGGGAUCUUUUCAUUCUAAUUUGUUUUUAGCUUUAAUUAUAAAAUAUACAUGUAUUCUUUCUUUCCAAA